UCGCUACGCAUUAAGGGGCACCGCGUCCCGCCAAAUUUUCCUCCCCGUCGCGGGACCGACGGGGAUGAGGCCAAACAUUUUGCUUAAUCCGUUUGGAAGAGAUAUAAAUAAAAAUUUGGCUCCGCGGAUGGCAUUCUUGAUCAGCGGGAGAAGAAUUGCACAAGCCUUUGGUCGGGUUUGCCGGGGAAGUUGCCUAAGUCUCAGCGCGAGGCUGAAAAAGAGAGAAGCCGCUGACAUGUCACGUCUUAAACCGUCUGCACGGAGGCAUAUUUCUCUUGACAGCCGCAGCCUUGCAAAGAAAGGUUAGAAAAAGCUCUGCAGAAACGCGCAGCCCGGCGUCGCCAUUGCAGCCCUGGCUUGGUCAAACCUUCCGGCACACACCGCCUCUGCGAUUUCGAAAGAAGAAGGGACCCUCCCGCCUUCCUCACCCCCAGCCCGUUCCUCCUGCUCCAUUAAGAAGUUCAGACUUCGGACACCAUCGCCAGCUUUGGCCGCACUGACUAUAGACAUAAACGAGGAGGAAGAAGAGAAAGGGAGGGAAGGAGAAGGAGGAGGAGGGAGGGACGAUUUCCAGCUCGCCUCAGCUCAAGGGUCGGGAAUCGGCCAGAGGAGAAAAAAGAAGGCGCGGCCGUCGGAAAGCGCGCGAGCGCGUAAAACCCACAGCCGAAGGGAGCGGAGAGCCGGAGCCGGAGCUGCCCCGGGAAAAAAAAACAGAAAAACAAUGAAUACAUAUAUAUUCAGCUAUUAUUUAAUUCAGUUUUGUGGACAUUCAUGGAUAUUUACCAAUAUGUUCAUCAGAUUCCUUUCAUUUGGGGAAGAUUCUGUUGCAGACACUUUCCAUUCUAUUGGACUUGUGAUGCGUAUUUGCCAGCUAGUAUCUAUACUAGAGCUUCUGCAUAUUCGGCUUGGCAUUGAGAAGGAUCGGUUUUUCCCAAGAUUCUUACAGAUCACAGAAAGAAUUGUCAUUUUAUUUGUUGCAAUAGCAAGUCAAGAAGAAGUUCAAGGGAAAGGCAUUGUAUGUGUUUUAUUUUUCCUUUGGAGUUGCAUUGAUGUCAUCAGGUAUACAUAUUGCAUAUUAUUGGAGACGGGGAUAUAUUUUCAAGGACUGGCUUGGCUCUACCAUUCACUGUGGAUUCCUUUCUAUCCUCUCUCUGUUUUGGCUCAAGCAUUUGCCGUAUAUGAAUCACUGCCUCACUUUGAAACCUCAGGCACUUACUCCAUCCGAAUACUCUUUCCAUUUGAUCUAGCUAUUUACUUUCCCUAUGUACUGAAAAUGUACAUGGCGAUGUUAUUUGUGGGUGCAUACGUCAUUGUUCAAUAUCUUUAUAUGGAACGGAAGACUUGUCUAGGAAGCAACAACAUCAAAGAGAAAAGAAGCUAACUCAUGUUUUCGGUGGGAAAUGACAAAUUUCACCUUCCUAUGAAACAGCCUCUGCAACAAUUACCAAUAUAUCAAGAUCUAGUCAUUUGGAGAUUUCAAGUUUAAAAAAAGCACACUACACUUUCUUAGCAAUUAGAUUGCCGCUCACAGACUUUGUAUACAGAAGCACACCAGGCAGAAUCAAAAGAAUUCCUUGACUGCUUAAAGUUAAACACUUUGAAUAGCUUUCUCAUUGUAUUUAGUGGAAUGCAAAAGCUACGUGCUCUAUUGCUGUUACAGUUAACUAGAACAUUACCUCAUUUAAAAGGCAGGAUAUUAUGUACAUGCAUGUGUAUACACACACACACACACACACACACACACUGGAGAACUCUUUUAAAGUUAUUUAGGAGGUGUUCAUUUUUUCGGAUGCUGCCAAAAAGCACCACAGUCAAAAUGACCUUAUUUUUCCAAUCUAAGUUUUUGUCAGUUGGUGCCUUUGAAGAAAUAUUAUGUGAAAACCAGAAAGAACGAAACAAUUUGAUAGCAAUAAUUAACCUUUUUAAAAGUAGGAUAUAUUGUCAGGCAUUUUAUGUGCGCCUGAAAUUUUGAAUACGUGUCUGGUGAUAAUGUUGCAAGUUGUAACACGUAUCCCAGGUACAGAUAAAACAGGAAUGGGCUUUCUAUAACUCAGGAACCUUAUUUAUUCCCAAAUCUGUAUUUUGCUAUUAUUCUGGAGCUUCUUAGGAUCAUGCCAUUGAAAUUUAAUGGCUUCUUGUCAUUAUCAAAUUCAAAAGGCUUCUUGUCAGCCACAUGGUUUUAAAUAUGUUUUUAGGAUUUUCAAAAUAAGUAUACGAAGCCUUUCAAAACCUUAAAACUCCGACUUCUUGUAUUCUUUUUCUCAAUCAGUCACAUCCUUGAAAUGCUGAAAUUGAAAAAUUCAUUUUAAAACGGUGCUCACCCAUGUUAAACUACAUGUGUCCUUAUGAUCAGACUUUAUAUAAUAGUAGCAACAUUUUUGAAAGUCUUCAAAACUUCAAACACUGAUUACCUUCUCCUUGUGACUCCGUCUUUUUAAUCUACAUUUUUCCUUGGGGAAAUCCUCCCUUCCCUUGUUCCAUAGUUGCACUUCAUUUGAGAAAUGCAGUAACCAAAAAUAUUUAAAGGAAGAAAUAUGCUGAAAUGGGUGGAGAUUUUAGGGAGAUGGAAAUAUUGAAGUUCAAAACAUUGGGAGAUGGGUAGGGAUAAUAGCUAGAGAAAUCUUGAUAUCAACCAGGUAAAGAAACCAGAACUUUUUAUAUUAACGUUGUUGGAUCAAAUCUCAACAAAUCUCCAUCAGUGCUUCUGUAGCUCUUUUUCUGGGAAACUUUGUUUUGAUCCUGAGGCUUAAAUAUAGCUUAGGGUGCUGGGAUCCUCUUCCAUGUCUUCUCUAUCAUCAUAAGUGAACUAUUUUUUUUUAAGCCUAUGACCCAGGGGUGAAAUGUAAAUUUUGUUACUACCGGUUCUGUGGGCGUGGCUUGGUAGUGGUGGGGGUAAUGUGACUGGGUGGGCGUGGCCAAGUUUUUCUUUUUUUACUUUUAAAAGCAUUUUUUUCUACAACCUCUUCGGCCAAAGAGGUUGUAAAAAAUGCUUUUAAAAGCCUCUGAUGAUCAGGCAACUCAGCUGGGAUCGCCAGAGGAGCCUUUUAAAAGCAUUUUAAGGCCGAGGAGGUUUUAAAAAAUGCUUUUAAAAGCUUCUGAUGAUCCCAGCUGAGCCGCACGAUCAUCAGAGGCUUUUUUUUACUUUUAAAAGCAUUUUUAAAUGCUUUUAAAAGUAAAAAAAAAACCUCUGAAGAUCACGUGGCUCAGCUGGGUAUGGGAGUGGGGCAGGGAUUUUUGCUACCGGUUCUCCAAACUACCCGGGCGAUCCCGUCCGAACCGGGAGCAUUUCACCCCUGCUAUGACCUGAUAUUUUAGAGCAAAUUUAUGCUUAAAAAUGCUUAAAGCAAGAAAACCUAUCACUUGGCCACACAGAGGCCUAGUUCUGAUUAAAACGACACACCUCUGAUUGAACUACAGUCCUCCAUACUUGUAGGCUUAUUAAUUUGUAUGUAUCUCCAUAUAAAACAUUUUUUUUCCACAGAGAAAACCAGUGCAAAAUAGGGUCAUUUAUUUCCAUGUUGAAGGAAACCUUGGGGAAAUAAUUUCUUGUCAGCCUAAUUUCCCUGAUACCGAUAGUGGCAGUAGGGCUAUCAAUGAACAGUGGGUAGCAGCAUUGUCUAACAAAUAAAACACAUUCAAAAGUUCAAUUUUUCAAGGCAGCAUCUUUAAUCUUGUCAAGUGCAAUGCUGACCAACUCUUUGUGAAAUCUUGCCUUGUUUAAAUUUCCUUACCCAACUCCCAUUUUCCAAUAGUAAUUCAUUCUUUCUUUCUUUCUUUCCUUCCUUCUCUCUCUCUCUCUCUUUUCUUCUUUCUUUUUCUUUCCCCUCUUUCUCUCUCAUUAAUAGAACAAAUGAUAUAUAUUCAAAUAGGGAGGAUUUUUAAGUAUCUUUCCUGAGGAAAGAUAACAAUAUGUCUGUAACAGAAGCUCGUAUUCCACAGCAUAAAAGAUUUUUAGCAAGGCAUGUAUCACAAACAGAUACGGUAUCUGUUUCUUCGUGAUCCCUACCAGCCAUAAGCUUUUGUCCAUACUGCUUUCUUCUUAAACUCUGGAAAAGAUCUCAGGGCCAAUAAAGAAGCUGUUAAAAGAACACACACAAUAUCAGCAAUGGAAACAGAAACAAGUCUUCUACUGUUACUUGCCUGAAAGAAUUUGAAAGUCAAUUAAUUUCUCAGGUAAAACUCCCUUAGAUUAAAUCAAAGGCCCAUAUAGCCCAGCCUUCUUUUUCUGAGACCAGCAAGUGCUUAACGGAAAAUCCACAAACAAGAACUGAACAGAAAAAACACUUAAAUUCUUCACAUCUAGGAGCCAAUAAGAGGCUCGUCCUCUAGGAAAAGCUUUUAUAUGAAAAACAUUUCAAAGUCCCUGAAGUAGUCUUUUUUAGUUGAUGUUAACCAAAUUGUCCCACCUCUAGCCAAUACAGACAAAGGUCUGAGACCUGAAGCUGAACGAGUUCCCUCAACUGUCCCACAACUUUAUAAUGUGAUGUGUAAAAUAAGUUUAAAUGACUAACUUUUGUAAAUGUGUUUUGCUUUUAAAUAUAAAUCACCUUUUAUAAAAAACAAAAACAAAAACAA